AUGGCCGACCUAUCAACCUGCCUGCCCUUGACUCGGGCAUCGGUUGUGGAAGCCCACAAGCUCGUCAAGCCGCACGUCCACUACACCCCCGUCCUCACCAACAAGACCCUCACGGCGCUGGCGUCGACACCGCGGGCCGCGGAGGACCUCAGGGGCACCAAGUGGGAAGGGCGCACACCGGCGAAGCCCGUGCUCCGGUUGUGGUUCAAGUGCGAGAACCUGCAGCGCAUUGGCGCAUUCAAGGUCCGCGGCGCGUUCCAUGCUGUCGAGAGGCUCAAGAAGGAGCCUGGGUGGCUCGAGAGCGGCGGCAAGGAGAAGGGUGUCGUCACGCAUAGCUCAGGAAAUCAUGCCCAGGCUCUCGCCCUCGCGGCCAGGGAAAGCGGUAUUCCGGCACACAUUGUGAUGCCGGACAUCUCCCCGCCCAACAAGAUCGCCGCGACGCGCGGGUACGGCGCAAACGUGGUGUUCAGCGGCAGCACCUCGGUCGAGCGCGAGGCCGUCGCCGACCGCGUCAUCGCCGAGACGGGCGCCCGCCUCGUCCCGCCCUACGAUCACCCGGACAUCAUGCUGGGCCAGGGCACCAUGGGCCUCGAGCUGCAGGAGCAGGUCCGCGAUCUCAUAGCCGCGGGUCAUUCCGCUGCGAACCCAACGUUCAACUCGACCGGCCUGCCGUCGUCCGACGGCAAGUCGGGAGCGAAGGGCCUUGAUGCCAUCAUGACGCCUUGCGGCGGCGGCGGCAUGCUCUCGGGCGUCGCGCUCAGCUGUGAGGGCACGGGGAUCAGGGUGUUCGGCGCGGAGCCCGAGUUCGAGGGCGCCGACGACUGCAAGCGCGGCUUCGAGGCCGGGAAGAGGGUAGAGAGCGUCAAGACACUCACGAUCGCCGACGGAUUACGGACGCCCGUGGGAAAACACCCGUGGAGCGUCAUCUACGAGCGCCGGCUUGUAGAGAGCAUGUUCAGCGUGUCGGAGGAGGAGAUCAAGGCGGCGACGAAGCUGGUGUUUGAGCGGUUCAAGCUGGUGGUCGAGCCGAGCGGUGCCGUGCCGCUGGCGGUGGCACUGUUCAACGAGGACUUCAGGGCCAUGGUGGAGGAGGAGGCGGGAGAGGCUGGGUGGGAUCUGGGGUUGGUUUUCAGCGGCGGCAACGUUGCCAUGGAGGGGCUUCUGAAGAUAUUUGCUGCCUAA